CUGCUCGAGAACCACCUCCCAACCUUCACCCCAAAGUAAUAAAACACACACACACCAACAAUGAGCUCCAUCCGGCGCAUGUCCCCAACGGACCUCCUGUCCCUCAACCUCACCAACCUUGACCCAUUGACCGAAAACUACGACCUCGGAUUCUACCUCAAUUACCUCAUGCGAUGGCCCUCCCUCUUUAGCAGCGUUCAGGAUCGCCAGGAAGGCAUCGUGGGUUACAUCAUGGGCAAGCUCGAAGAACAACCCGCCUCGAUGCGCCAUUCCGAACACUACACGCCAUGGCACGGCCACAUUACCGUUUUAACCGUUGCGCCCGCAUGGCGCCGUCUCGGCCACGCCCGUCGUCUCACCGAACGUCUGGAACAGGGCUCCGAUAUCAACGAUGCCUGGUUUGUCGAUCUCUAUGUGCGAGCGGGGAAUAAAGUUGCCGUGGGGAUGUAUAAGGGCAUGGGAUACUCCGUCUUCCGCCGAGUAGUAAACUACUACAGCGACGAUCCAACAGGUUUCUCCGAUUCAGGUGAAGAUGCCUUUGAUAUGCGCAAGCCGUGCAGUCGCGAUAAGAAACUCCAGCAUAUCCGGGAGAAUGGGGAGGAGUUCUUGGUGGAUCCGAUUCAUGUUUCGUAGGACGUUUCGUUCGGGCGGGGAUGAUGAUGAUGGAUAGAUCAGACGGGUCUAGGUAUAUAUACAUAUGAUGGUGUGAAGACGACAACGAGGGUCGAUGAAUAGCAUAAGAUAAAAGUGGCUUGUCG